CAAAUCGCAAAUCAAGGGAAGUGAUAUGCUCUAUCUCACGCGGGUGCGCGGACAUGAUAAUGCUGGCGGCGAGAGAUGAGAUUGGAGCGCCUAGAAGAAGAGAAAGAGAGAGGAAACAGCUGCACCUCGGGACGGAGAGAAGAAGCCGCACCAAGAAAGACGUACAGCCAUGUCAUGGGAGUCUAUCUCGUCCAGGGAUUACCUCGGCGGAUCGGCGAGUCAUCAGCUCUCGGCGACCGCGCUGCUGGGUAGCCCUGAUGGAUCGAGACAUCCACUCGACGUCUGCGAGUUCACCGAAGAGGAUUACCGGCAUCAAAAUGGCAACGGUAAUAACGGUCAUUACCAGAAUGGCAGAUCGGGCGCUGGUUUAUGGGAGUGUCUCAUAAGCUGCAGAAAACGGCUCGAUCAACAAUUAGCACGAAGAAGGGUGGAGCAAGGCUUGAAAUUGUACCGGGCUCAUAAACAACAAGCAGCGGUUAGGAAAUGGAGGGGCGCCUUGAAAAGUAUCAGGCAUCGCGAGGAUAAAUUCGCUCUUCUCGGUUACUUAUAUCAGGCGUACAUGGAUUGGGGCAAAUACAGAGACAGCAUCGAAUUUGGUAACAAGCAAUUAUGCAUUUCGGAGGAGCUGGAUUCGCCGAACAUGCGGGCAGAAGCGUAUUUAAACUUGGCCAGGGCUCACGAGAGAUUAGGCGCCCUGGAUAGAGCGUUAGAUUACGCUCGGCACAGCUUGUAUAACGAGUGCGAUCAGUGCGCGACUGCUGGAUUAGUUCACUUAACCGUAGGCAGAGUCCACUUAGAGCUAGCAGGAUUCUGUAAAGCCUUGGAAGCGUUUCAAAGAGCCCACAAAAUCGCCCACUCCAUUCAAGAUCCCUCCUUAGAACUGCAGGUGUACGUCGGUCUGUCGGAACUCUUCUGCAGAUUACAGGACGCGGACAAGAGUGCAAGAUACGCGGCGAGAGCUUACGAUCUCUCUAGAAGUUUACAGCUGGGAGACCUGAAUUCGCGUCAUCACAGGGCGGCGUUAUUACAAAUGGCCGCGGCGCUCAGGAAGAAGGGCGAGCUUGGCGACGCUCACGAUUACUGCUCGGAGGCAACGCGGCUGUCGCUAGUUUCUGGCGAUCAGGCCAGCUACGCUCGAAGCAUCCGAAUUAUGGGGGACAUUUACAGGAAGAAGUCAGAUAUAAAUAUGGACGUUUUGCAGAAAGCGUUCCGACAGUACGAGAGCGCGAUGGGCUCGGCGGCCGCGACUGGUGAUCGACUAUGCCAGAUGGAAGCGAUGGACGGCGCGGCGAGAUGCCUCGAAGCUCUCAGGCUUCAACACAAGAUAUGCAACUGCAGACCCCUCGAGUUCAAUACUAGGCUCUUGGAAGUGGCGGGAUCGGUUGGCGCCAAGCUUCUAGUGCGAACAGUCAGGUCCAGAUUAUCGAGAAUUUACGGGUCUUUGGGAGACGAGGAGCAAAAGGGACAUUAUGAAAGAUUGGCGAUCGCGAUGGAGGAAGAUUUGGAGUUACGAUGCGGAAGUUGCAAUGAACCUUUUGGUCUUGAAGCUGAUUCCCUGGAAGCAUUACCUUGCUCUCACAUAUUACAUGCUCGAUGCGCAUACGACAUCUUGAAGAAACGUGACAAGAAGAAGAAACGUUUAUGCCCCGAUUGCCACAAGUCUGUCAGUUCACGGCUGUACCUGCAUUGCGAAGAUCCUCACGGCAUGAAUACUCUAAAUCAUAGUUCCUUGAGCCUGGCGUCAUUGAGGGCCAGCAGUCUAGCAACACUUGAGGACUCUCAUGCGACGAGUAGCGUUUAAAAGAUAUGCGACGGAUUUCGUUUAUUUUAACGCGUUGGUAUCCGCAUGUGCGAUUAGAUAAUCUUAAGGAAUUAUAAUGUGGACGAUAAGAAAGCCAAAGGAAAGUAGUACGAUACAAAAAGAUUUAAUGGCAAUAAAAAGUGCACGCCUCGAGCCAGA